GAGUGACUGUUUUAUCUGCUUUGCUUUCUAUGGGUGCUCGUAGUCAUGUCUGAGAAAGAUAGUGCUGAAGAUCUGAAAGAAGAAACCUCUAAUGAAGAUGGAAAUGAACAGAAAGCAGAGGACCUUGGCAGCACUGAGAGCAAUCAAGAGAAAGAGCAAGAGAUCGAGCCUGUGCCUAUGACUCGGAAAAGACCUGAACCCAAACCCCCAAGUCAGCCUGCUGCCACAGAGAAGCCUGCAGCUGAAACCCUCAAGGCCUCCGAUUCUUCAGCUGCAGUUCAGACAGGAUGGGGUUACUGGGGAAGCUGGGGGAAAUCUCUUCUGGCAACUGCAUCUGCUACUGUAGCUACUGUAGGUCAAGGUAUUUCAAAUGUCAUAGAAAAAGCAGAAACAACCCUUGGGAUCCCCAGUCCAAGUGAAAUCUCUUCAGAAACUAGAGAUGCUGCUACAGGAGGAAGCGAAAAUCCUGGUGCUAGCAGCACAGAUGCAGUUGGGGAUGACAGUUCCUUUCCUAUUGCUGGAGCUCUUGAAGUAUUAUCAACCAUCUCUACUGCUGUCCAAAGCACAGGAAAAAGUGUUAUUAGUGGAGGUCUGGAUGCCUUGGAAUUCAUUGGGAAAAAGACAAUGGAUGUAAUAGCUGAGGGAGAUCCUGGAUUCAAAAAAACAAAGGGCCUAAUGAACAGAAACUCCACGUUAUCUCAGGUCUUACGAGAGGCAAAGGAGAAAGAAGAGCAGCAGACAGCUACUGAGGUUACCAUGGCUACGGAGAAGAAAGCCCAUUAUGGGUUACUGUUUGAUGAGUUUCAGGGUCUUUCUCAUCUGGAGGCCUUAGAGAUGCUUUCCAGAGAGAGUGAAUCAAAGGUGAAAUCGGUUUUAAGUGCUCUCUCUGGAGAAGAGUUGGACACACUGAAGGAGGAAAUGGAACAACUCAAAGAAGCAUUUUCUUUACCUGAAUUCUUUGAAGAGGAGGAGGAAGAAAAGAAGGGAGAUGAGGAGUUCACAAAAGAAGUAACAGAGUUGUUUUCAGAGUUGCGCAUCUCCUCAAGCCCGGCCAAACUGAUCACAGUGAGGACAUCUGCUCAUGAAUGGAUAGCACAAUUCAACAGUAGUCUUCCUAAAGAAGAAAAAGAGAGUGAAGAGAACCAAGAAGUAGAAUCCAGAGAUGGUGACCACGAUGCUAGAAAAUCAGUAGAGGAUAUUCAUGCGUUUGCCAUAAGAAGUCUUGCUGAACUGACAGCAUGCUCCAUUGAAAUGUUCCACAAAACUGCAGCUUUGUUUCUACAUGGUCAGAAACAAGAGGUGACGGCCACGGACAGAGCCAAGUCCCUUUCACAAAUGACAAUUGUGCUGUGUAAAGAACUGUCAACUUUCUCUAAAGAGUUUACUACAUGCUUAACGACUGCAGAGGUCAAAGAGAAAGCAGAUGUGCUUAAUCCCUUAAUCACUGGAGUGUUUUUGGAGGUCAGUUAUGCUAAAGUUAAAAAGUUAAGUAAUACUUAAAAAAACAGAUAUGCU